UUUAAUCUAAAGAAAGCUAAACAAGAAAUGGGCAGUCUCUUAAUACCAGAUUUUGUUCCUUCUCCAAUCCAAGAUGCUGAAACACUCAGAAAGUCCUUCAAACGACAUUUUCUCGGACUGGGAACUGAUGAGAAGGCGAUAAUAACGGUUUUAGGACAUAGAGAUGCAAGCCAGAGGAAGAAGAUUAAAGAAGCAUAUCAGCAGCUAUAUAACAAAUCUCUAAUGGAUGAUCUUCAUUCUGAAUUGUCUGGUGAUUUCAAGAAAGCAGUGAUCCUCUGGACAUAUGAUCCUCCUGAAAGAGAUGCGAGGCUAGCGAAUGAGGUUUUAAAUUCAUGGAUACAUGACGUUAACUGUCUACAAGUGAUAGUCGAGAUCGCCUGUGCAUCAACUCCUGAUCAUCUGGUUGCUGUGAGACAAACAUAUUGUGCUCUCUUUAGCUGUUCACUUGAAGAGGAUAUAAUAACGCGUGUUUCUCUUCCUGUCCAAAAGAUUCUAGUCAGUUUAGUCAGUUCCUACAGAUACAACAAGGAACUAGUCGACCAUAGUACUGCUAAUCUAGAGGCUUCGAUGCUACGUGAAGCCACUAGAACAAAACAAUUAGAUAGUGAUGAACUUGUUAUGAUACUAAGCACUAGGAACAUUCAUCAGCUUAAGGCAACUUUCGAGUGCUAUAAGCAAAACUACGGAUUAUCCAUUGAUCAGGAUAUAACGAAUUGUGGCGAAGGUCUUUUGGAAUCUAUGUUGAAAGUGGUUAUCUGGUGCAUAAACUCUCCAGAGAAGCAUUUUGCUGAGGUCGUAAAGGUCUCCACUGAUGGGCUAGGAACUAAUGAGGAUUCUCUGAGUAGAGCCAUUGUUUCUAGAGCUGAAAUUGAUAUGAUCAAAGUGAAGGAAGAAUAUCUCAAAAUGAAGGAUACUGCUCUUGAAUAUGCAGCAGCUGAUGAUACAUCUGGUUACUACAGGGAGUUUUUGAUGACCCUGCUUGGUGCCAAUGACAGUAGUUUGUAGUGUUUGUAUCCGCUUAUCGUUGGUGAUAUGGUCAUUUAACUUUGUUUGCUUUCAUUAGAUCCUUGUGGUCCAGCCCUUCUCUCCGAGUUUUUUUUUUUUUUGCUUUGAAGUUGAUGAUAAAUCAGUAGUGGUGAGGAUGAUCUUUGAUAUUAGUAUUUGUGUUACGUAGCAUUUAGAAGAAAGAAUGAUUGUUUACCUUAAUUAUGAUUUGACACUUUGUUGGAAUAAAUGUUGGUUAUUGUGUUCAUAGAAAUAAAAUAUUAUUACAGGA